AUGUUGCAGCGCAGACUUUGCGCAAUUGCACCAGACGCUUCCUGUCAUCCUGCACAGCACGGAGCGCAGCGACGGGAGCGUUGGCGCUGGGACGCCCCCCUCCUCCUCCUCCUCCUCAAUGAAAGCAACGGCCAUCUGUGACCCUUUUUCCAUUUCAAACCCGUCACGUUAUUUCCCGCACACCUCCACACGCACAGCUUCACUUGACAAUCGAAAUCGCGUCUUACAGAGGAGCUGUAGGGCUGCAAGGGGAGAAAAGGCGUCCGCGCUCUGCGCAUCUUGCGCUCAGCCAUCGAGAGCAGCUGUCUGCGGAGACAGACUGCAGGCUCAUUAAGACGAAGCGGAUUUGAAUUAAGCACCGGAUAACAGACAGCAACUGUGCAUCCUUCAAAGGGGAAGGGAGGGAGGCAACGGUUUGUAUCUCUGGGUGAGGAGAGGGGGAGGAGGAGCAGAGGAGAAUGAGCUAUUCUUGUACCAGCAGGGGCAACAGCCAGGACACAUCAAGCGCGAAGAAGACUGCCGGUGAUAAUCCAGGUACAGGCACCGGAGGAGCGGACAGCAGCGGCAGCAACGACAGCCCGAAGAAAACAACCGCGAUGAGGGUGAAGAAAGGGUGCAACUCGACUGAGGCGGGAGUCCCGAUGACCAGUGAAGAGGAUCUGCUGUCCAGCGCGCUGGUCACUCCAGAAGAUGUUCUGGGUUUGCAGAAGAUCACAGAGAAUUACCUGUGCAGCCCGGACGAUAAUAUUUACAACAUUGACUUCACCAGGUUCAAGAUCAGAGACAUGGAGACCGGCACAGUGCUGUUUGAAAUCACCAAACCUCCAUCCACAGAUAAAACAGGCGACAAGAGGGAUAUUGACCCAAAUGCCGGCCGAUUCGUCCGUUACCAGUUCACCCCAGCUUUCCUUCGGCUGCGGCAAGUUGGCGCCACAGUGGAGUUCAUGGUUGGAGAAAUGCCCAUAGAAAACUUCAGGAUGAUUGAGAGACAUUAUUUUAGAGAGAAGUUGCUCAAGAGUUUUGACUUUGAGUUUGGCUUCUGCAUGCCCAACAGCAAGAAUACGUGUGAACACAUCUAUGAAUUCCCACCUCUAUCUGAGGACAUAGUCAGAGAGAUGAUCCUGCAUCCAUACGAGACACAGUCUGACAGCUUCUACUUUGUGGACAAUAAGCUGGUGAUGCACAACAAGGCGGACUACUCGUACAAUGGCGGAACGUAGAGACGACGCACUGAUACAAGGGUCAGGUGGACGUAUGGACUUUCCUGAGGCACGAUCAGAGUAAACUGGUGCCGUUAACAUCAUUUUCUUCCCCUCUCUCUCUCUCUCUCUCUCUCUCUCUGUCUGUCUCUCUCUCCUGCUAAGAGAAUGCCAUCCAGAAAUUACUCAUACAGCUGUGUCUGUGUGUGUAAACAAAAGCAGGUGUGAACAUCCACAUACACAAACAGACAUGACACACGUAGUUCAGUGUGGUGUGACGUUGCUGUGUAUGUGUGUGUGUGUGUGUGUGUGUGUGUGUAUAACAUGAUAAACCAGCAAGUGAGCAAUGGGUUGGUUUUUAGGAAAUAUCAGACAGAUUCCGCUCGUUAGCAGCAUUUUGAAGUGAAAAAAAUGUAUAGAAAAAAAAACAUUGAUAGAAAUUAUUUUUUUCAUUCCUGUUCAUGUUAGGAACAAAUCUUACAUGUAAAUAUGUGUGUUUUUAGGACUUUAAGAACAGUUUUAAGGAUUCACUGUGUGUGUGUGUAUGAGUGUGUAUUGUUGCUUUUUGGAAUAUGUGUUUGUGUAGUUUGUAUGAUUGUGUGAAGCAUGAAUGUUACUGUGAUAGAAAUAUAUGAAUUUUAACAUCUUUAUUUAAAUAUGUGUUACCCGAUUUUCUACAGAAUAGAACCUAUUGUGUUUGUAUUGUCGUUGCUCGAAGCACAGCGUGUCCGCAGAGUCGACACUGAGGAGAACCGUGACCUGAGCUGACCUUUAACAUGCGUCGUCAUCUGUGAACCAGCUGUUUAAGACACUGUUAAAGAAAAGCGCGUCUUUAAAGUUAAGCACACUGUUAUUUUGUUUUGUUUUCCAAGCUCUUUUGUCAAGAAAUCAUUUAUAAACGUGGAUAUUUCUCAGUCACAAAGGAGGACGAUUGUGGAAUGUAGCAGAAUGUUAUUGCAGAAUGAAUCAGUCGUCCAUUUACACGUUUAAUGUUGUUCCUCCAAAAACAGAAAAGAAAGUCUUGCACACUCUUCUUCAAUAUGCACACAUUUGUGUGAUGACAUUUCAGCCUUCGGGCCUUCUUCAAGAGCAGCAAGAAAUACUGGGACUUUGACACUGAUUUAUACAACUAUCAGUGCAUGGGUAAUUUGACAUUGUGAUAUACAUAAAAAAAGAAUAUUACCAAUAUAAAAACAUGGGAACCACGUCAUAAAUACCUUUUUAUAUGCGCAUCUAUAUAUCUAAUGAGAACAAGGGUCGAUCAUAAAAAUAACAUUAGGUCAAAGUCAAUGUUCUGUCCAUGUGGUAACAAGGUUUUUAAUGGUGAAAAGUAAAACUUCAGUUACCUUAAGUUACCUCCUCUUGGGAGACACUGAAUAUCAAUUUACCUAAGGGGGGAAACUGGAUUAAAUUAUCCAAGCUUGCUGCUACUGGGCAGUUCAGAUUUCUGCAUCAAAUGUUUUUUUCUGUGCUCCACAAUUCAAAUUUUGAAUGCUCUAUUUGGUUUGGCAACAUAUGACUUUCCAAGUGAUAGAUGACAGAUUAUUUUAUGGGAAUAUCUUUACCUGUAUGUACAGAAGAGUAUUGCAAAAAAAAAAGGAAGAAUUCUGAUGUUUUUCUCAGAAUUCUGAGAUUAGAGAAAAAAAGUCAGAAUUCUUCUCAGAAUUCUACAAGCUGUAUAUUGUUCCUUAUCCAACAAAAACUUUUAUUUUGAAAUUCUGUGACAUAUUGUCAUACAUAUUGUGAUUGUGAUAUAAUUUUAAGAUCAUAUUGCCCACCCUCUAGUGAAAAGUGGCCUUUUCCCAAAAAGUUUGACUUUUUUUCCUCCGACAGACCAGACUAGAUCCUCAGUGGCCCCCAGGUCAUUUGAGUUUUUCAGACCCCUGCAUGAGGAAGUAAAGUGCACACCAGAUGCACUUUGAUCCACUCAUAUCAACAGGUGGAUUUUUGUCCCUUUAGGGCCUUGACAUCGUGGUAAAAUUCAGUUUUUCUGUAUGUUAAAAUGUCAAAUUACCAACUGAUUGUUUGCUCCUUCACAACUUCCAGAGGUCGAUUGUUGUGAUUGCCAGCACAUGUGUCAAAUAGGAGUGACCUUCAUUAUAAAUCAGUGUGCGUUACAUUUUCCAUGAAAUAUUAUAUUACUUCUGCCUCUCAUGCAUUUCUGUCUCUUCUGUUCUCAAUCAUUUUUGUGUAGUGGUUUGUUGGACAUUUCGUCUUUUACAUUUAAAACACAUCACAUAAAAACUCAUAAGAAUGAACUCUCUAUAACUUGUGUGAUAGCAAAACUGUCAUCGCUGUCAUUCAUUGCACAAACACGCACUCAAACAUUUAUCUGUAGUACUUGCAGACUUGUCUGAAAGGAAUUUACUUGAACGAACCUCUUUGAUUCAGAUUGUUAUUGGCUCAAAGAGUCGAGAACUUAAUGUGCAAAAAGAAAAGGUUCAGGACGGGACUCAGGUUGGCUCAGCGGGACUUGAAUGUUAGUGUAAAAAUGAUUUUGACCUGAUGUUACUUUUUUUGGAGAAUUCAAAUAUGUUUCGUGUGUUGAACAAAAAAGUGAAGUCAAUAAAGAUUUAUGGGACCUUUUUAAA